AAAAGUAAUUUCAAACAAACCGAUUUUUUUAAAAACUUUCUGACAUGUUCAUACCAAAAUAUAUUUUAACGGAUACGAUCAAUUAAAUUAGUUUUACCAAGACUAAAAACCGACAUUUAAUUUUUUAAUUUUUUAUUUUUCAGAUUGUAGAAAUCGGUCGGCAGAUUGGUGUGACCGAACCAAAUAUCGGGCAUUGAUGGUUCCACCGGCCAAACUCUCUGCCUGUAUAUACUAUCCUUAUGGAGGCUGUGUUAUCAUCUUCCAUUUUCUCAACAUUCCGAUCGAACCACCGUCGCCGGAAACUAUGCCUUCUCUGGCAAGUUUCCGGUGAGUAAUUGGAGUAGUCCCCGUCAUUGUCCUUUUGUCGAAAAAUCCUUCAAUCCGACAGGGUUCGCUCACAAGCAACCAAACAGAUGGUAAAGAUUGCAGAACAAAGCUUCAGUCAGUACAGAAAUUGCUGAUGUUUACUGAUCAAAUUCGCCUUUCUUUUUUCCUAGUAAGAUUUUUUGGAGUGUUCCGUUUCGAUUUGUUGUAUCGACUAGUAAUGGACACACACUCAUCCGGAGAAGACAUCCUCGUCAAGGCAAGAAAGCCCUAUACUACUACUACCAAGCAACAAGAGCGAUGGACAGAAGGGGAGCAUAAUAAGCUUCUUGAGGCCCUGAAGCUUUAUGGCCGAGCAUGGCAGCGCGUUGAAGAACAUAUUUGAACAAAGACUGUUGUGCAAAUCAGAAGCCAUGCUCAGAAAUUCUUUUCAAAGCUGGAGAAGGAGGCACAAGCUAGUGGUGUUUCGAUAGGACAAUCAAUUGGAAUAGAUAUUCCACCUCCACGCCCCAGAAGAAAACCAAGCAAUCCUUAUCCUCGGAAGUCUAGUUCAGCUCCUUCCACAUGGGCCACAUCAUAUGCGGGAACAAAGGAUGGAAGAAGUUUAUCAUCAGCAUCUUCUUCACACUGUAAACGAGUAGUGAACUUGGAGAUCAAACCACUUCAUGAGACCUAUGAGAAAAGAAGUGUCAAAAAUACAGAAAAUCAGGAUGGCAAUUCCUCAGAUGUCUUCACCUUGCGCCGAGAAGAUCACAGUUCCUCUGUUUCUUCCGCAAACAAUAAUGCCAUACCUUCACAGGUAGCGCUCGGAAAUCCUGGUACGUAUAGGGAGUUUGAGCCUUCGGUGAAAGGGGUAAUAACUCAGCAUGCAACAAAUGAAUCUCAUGUCACUAUGAAACGAAAAGAAAAUCCGCAUAUGCAUACAAUGUAUGCCAAAAGGAUAGCUGAAGAUAAUGGCACAAGUGAAGCCUUAGAGUCAGGGAACACUAAUAGUGCUUUCCAUAAGAAGUUUUUUCAAGGUGAGAAAGCAGGUCAUCAGAAUUGUGCGUUCCACUAUAAUCUAGAGGACUUCGAAUCAUUUCCCUGCAGUUCCUCUACAUUUUCAAGUCUUAUUGUAUCUUCUCUGCUACAAAAUCCUGCAGUUCAUGCUGCGGUCACAUUUUGGCCUUAUGCAAAUGCAAAAGAUUGGAAAGACCCUCCAAGUAUGGCAUCAAUUGCUGCUGCCACUGUAACUGCUGCAACUGCAUGGUGGGCUGCCCAUGGCCUGCGUCCUCCUGUGUCCAUGACCAGGGUACCUGUUCCAUUAAUGGAUUCUGGUCAAGCUCCACCGACCAAAAUUGAGAGAGGAGAGAAUUCUCUUCGAAUUCCUUCUUUGCGGGAUCAACAAUCGGACCCAAAACACUCGGAAGCUGUGGAAGCUCACCAUUCAGCUUUGAAAUCACCAACGAUGCCUAAUAGCGAUGAUGACAUGGACAUUGCAUCAACUGAAGAAAUUCAUGAUUCAAACAAUGCAAAGAAAACAGGUCUACCAUUCCUCGUAUGGUUCCAACACACCUUCCGGCAGUGGAGUAGAGACAGAUGCGUCAAAGAAGCGUAAGAAAGGGAAGGAAGAGCUGAAAGAAACUGAUUCAUGGAAAGAGGUCUCAGAAGAGGGGCGGAUGGCCUUUCAAGCACUAUUCUCUCGAGAGGCAUUGCCCCAGAUUUUUUCACUUCCACAUGACCUCAACCAUAAGGGGCAUCAGAAGGACAUUAUGGAAGAAGAAAAGCAAAAUUUUCAAUUGUAAAACUACUAGGUAUAACCAAGGCCAUAUGUUGAAUUGCAGUCCUGGCCAUAUUUUCAAUUGUGUCUGCUUUGCACCAAAGUUCAAAUCUCCCUUCAUAGUUUGAGUUAUAUUAGAAUAUCGUUCGAAUAAAGAAUGAUCAGAGUUGGAAUUUGUCACCAA